AUGCAACCCAGGUUGUCCCUAUCAUCGCCGGUGGCGCGCCUUACUGCCCUCACCAACCACUCGGUGCUGCCCGUCGAUACAGCCCUGGUCCUGGUCCUGUAUGGAAUGAUAUUGGCAUGCAUAUCUUUGCAGGUCCUUUCUGCAUUGCUGUUGAGUUUGUCAAACAACAGUUCGCCGCCUAUCAACCUUAUCACGAAGUCGAGGUCGAGGAAGACACUCGCAACCAUGAGUUUGAGUGACGAGCACCAGCCCCAGAAACUGGGCCAGCACAGCCCCGAGUUUGGCGAGCAUUCUGGAGACGAGACUGUAGCUGCGGUCCAAGACGGGACAGUCAUCAAUGCUUCUGGGUACAAAGACCAGCUGAGGCGGCAAUACGGCCUUGUUGGGCUGGCCGGAAUCGCCCUGACCGUUGACAACGCCUGGGUUGCUCUGGGGUCGUCGAUAUCUGUCUCCAUCGCGAACGGCGGUCCUCCUGGCCUUAUCUUUGGGCUUAUCGUUGCGGCCUUCUACUACUCGUUCAUUGGUCUUGGUCUUGCUGAGUUCUCAAGCAGCGUGCCAACAGCUGGCGGUGUUUACCACUGGGGAACAAUUGCUGGUGGCCCCAAAUGGGGCCGUAUGGUCGGCUUCUUCACCGGAUGGAUAAACUUCUACGGAUGGAUGUUCGACCUGGCAGCUCUGAUCCAAAUCACGGCAAACAUCUCGGUCAACCUCUACGUCGUUUACCACCAGUCGACCUACGUCUACGCAUCAUGGCACGUAUACGUCGCAUACGUUCUAAUCACAUGGUUCUGCGUGGUGAUCGUGGUCUUCGUUAAUCGAGUGAUCCCACACACCCAGACUUUGGGCAUGUUCUUCGUCAUUGUGGGCGGCAUCGUGACGAUCAUCGUCCUAGCUGCCAUGCCGAAGCAGCACGCAAGCAACUAUUUCGUCUGGGGCUCGUUUGAGGAGAACAACGUCACAGGGUGGCAGGGCGGCGUUGCGUUCCUGCUCGGCGUGCUGAACGGCGCGUUCACCAUCGGCACACCAGACGCCAUCACACACAUGGCAGAGGAGCUUCCGCACCCGAGGAAGGACCUUCCCAAGGCCAUCGGCCUCCAAAUUGGACUGGGCUUCUUGUACGCGUUUGUGUUUGCGAUCACGAUCUCCUACGCCAUUACGGACCUGAGCGUGCUCACCACAGGCAUCAACACUUAUCCCCUGGCAAGCAUCUACGCGCAGGCUACAGCGAAUGGAGAUGGCAGCCAGAACGUGGGUGCGCAAUUCGGGUUGCUCUUUAUCAUCUGGUGUUCCUCGAUGCUGUGUUGUAUCGGGACGACGGUCACGAACUCCCGCAUCUACUGGGCCCUGGCUCGCGACAACGCCGUGCCUUUCUCCGGCCUCUUCUCCCAAGUCUCUGAGCGGCUAUCGUGCCCUGUGCCAGCGACACUCUUCGUGGCCGUCGUCGCGACAGGGCUCGGCGCCAUCCCCAUUGGAAGCUCGACGGCCUUCCUCGAUCUCACCGGCUCCUUCAUCAUACUCACGACGAUUUCGUACGCGAUCCCCUUCAUGGGGAACGUCCUUACCAAGCGACAACACUUCCCCAAGGGCCCUUUCCACCUCGGAAAGUGGGGCACCGCUGUGAACUUGACAGCCGUCGUGUUGAUCACGUUCUUUGAUAUAUUCUACUGUUUCCCUUAUGCGCUCCCCACGACCGCCGAGGCGAUGAACUACAACAGCGUGAUUGUCGUGGGCGUCGUAGUUCUCACUGCGGCGUGGUGGAUCAUUCACGCGAGGGAGAAUUACCCUGGUCCCAAGGUCAUGACAAUGUACAUACACGAAGGGCAAGCGGUCGAAGAGCCUCUCGCGGCGGGCGGGUUGAACACUGAGAAGCAAAAGAAGGACGAAAAGAUCUGA